CACAUUCUAAACAACAUUAUUUAUGUGUGUAUAAACUAUAAAUAUUUUAAAGUAAAAACAGAAAUGCAAAUAACGAUAAAAAAAUACGAUUGUUGGCAAAUUUUUUUUUUAUUUUAAAACUACAAAUUCUACAAACCGCUUCAAAAUACUAGCCAGACAUCAACACGUAUUAUUAAAAUCGCGGCCAAUGUAUCCACCAAAUCAACCGAAAGCUUUACUAGUAAGACCGCGUUCAAGUUUAUCAACAGCACCAGAUGAACAACGAAUUCGCCGUGGUUGUUGCACUACAAAAAGCUUUACAAAUUUAGAGCGAACAUUAUGUGGAUUCUGUAUAGUUUUGUUAAUACUUUGUGGUAUACUGCUCUCAGCAAUCAUUUUAAUUGGAAAAAGUUUAGCCAAUAAUUCUUUAAAUAGUGAUAAUAUUUCAUAUAAUUUAUAUUUGGAUAAGAAUAAUACUGUGAUAAGUACAAAUAGAAAUAAUCAAAAUGAUAAUGAUGAACAUGUGAUUAAAUUAAAACCUAAAAUAAUUUUCAAAGUAACACAAGAGGAUAUUCAAAAUAUCAAAAGUAAAACAUCAGCUACAGCAACAAGUGGUGGAAGUUCUACUCAAAGCAGCAAUAGUACAACAAAUGCUUCUGAAAUGUCAGAAACAGCUGAUAAAAAUUCAUUCGAUAUUGAUUCGUUUAGUGAAGAUUCAAAUUUAUUUAAAUUGAAAAUGUCGAAAAUAAUAAAUAAAUUAAAAUUUCGAUUACCUCGUGAAAUAAAACCAAAACGAUAUGAUUUAUAUUUGCAUCCGAAUUUAAAAGAAAAAACAUUUUCGGGCUCGGUAACAAUAGAAGUAAAUAUUUCGAAACCUAUUAAUUUUAUACCAGUACAUUCAAAAUUAUUAAAUAUUACGGAUACAAAAAUAAUUAGAAUUGAUAACGAUGGUAUUCCAACAUCACCAAUAUUUCCCAUCAAUAGUUUCAUAUAUGAGCCAUUCGAAUAUUGGGUAAUGGAAUUUAAAGAGGAUUUAUUUGUUGGGGAAUACUGGAUUAGUUUAAAUUUUACUGGAAGUUUGGCCAAUCGAAUUGUUGGUUUUUACCAAAGUUCUUAUUUUGAUCCCAAUCAAAAUGAAACUAGAUUAAUUGCAACAUCAAAAUUCGAACCAACAUAUGCUAGACAAGCAUUUCCAUGUUUCGAUGAACCAGAUAUGAAAGCGAAUUUUUCUGUGACAUUGGUUCGUCCAACUAAGGAUAAUUACAAUGCUUUAUCAAAUAUGGAUAUAAAAGAAGAGAUACCUGAUGGUGAUCUUACAAGAACAGUUUUUAAUGAAAGCGUUAAAAUGAGUACGUACCUUGCGUGUUUCAUAGUUUCAGACUUUGUUGCCAAAAAUAUUUCGGUAGACACAAAAGGAAUUGGUAAAAAUUUUAGUUUGCAAGUAUUUGCAACCCCAGCCCAAUUAGAUAAGGUUGAACAUGCUCUUCAAACUGGAAAAACUAUAACGGAAUAUUAUAUAGAAUACUUUCAAAUCCCAUAUCCAUUGCCAAAAUUAGAUAUGGCAGCUAUACCAGAUUUUGUGUCUGGUGCGAUGGAGCAUUGGGGCUUGGUAACAUUUCGUGAAACGGCAUUACUUUUCGAUUCUGAAACUAGUUCGACAGUAAACAAACAACGUAUUGGAAGUGUUGUUGCACAUGAGCUAGCUCAUAUGUGGUUUGGAAAUUUAGUAACAAUGAAAUGGUGGAACGAUUUAUGGCUAAACGAAGGAUUUGCCAGCUAUAUCCAGUAUAAAGGGUUAGAUCGUGCAGAACCUAGUUGGAAAAUGUUGGAUCAAUUUUUAAUUGAUGGUUUUCAUGACGUAUUAACUUUAGACGCUACAUUAGCAUCACAUCCUAUUGUUCAAAUAGUGGAAAAUCCUGAUCAGAUUACGGAGUUAUUUGAUAAAAUUACUUAUCAAAAAGGUUCGGCAGUUAUUCGUAUGUUAGAAGAAUUUGUUGGAGAAGCUCAGUUCCAAAAAGCUGUCAACAGAUACUUAGAAAAAUUCAAAUACAAUAAUGCUGAAACGAAAGAUUUGUUAGCAGAAAUUGCAUCUGUUGGUUUUGAAUUUGAUGUUGAAAACAUUAUGCAAACAUGGACUGUACAAAUGGGUCUGCCAGUGGUUAAUGUUGAAAAACUUAGUGAGACUGAAUACAAAUUGAAGCAAAAAAGGUUUUUCGCUAAUCCUGAAGAUGAAAAUAAGGAAGUGGAAGAGUCCCCUUACAAUUAUAGGUGGGAAAUUCCUAUAACAUACUUUACUAGUGAAAAUCAAAGCGUGGAAAGAAAAUGGUUCAAAUAUGAAGAUGCUGAAGUUUCACUUACACUUAAAAAACCGGCAAAAUGGAUCAAACUUAAUAAAAAUCAAGUAGGCUAUUAUCGUGUUAAUUAUAACGCAGAAAUAUGGAAGGAAUUAACGGAUGCCUUAUUGUCAAAAAUGGAUGCUUUCUCAGUGUCAGAUAGAGCGCAUCUCUUAAAUGAUGCAUUUGCACUUUCUGAUGCAACUCAGUUAGAUUAUGGGAUUUCAUUGAAUUUAACAACAUAUUUGGAAAAAGAAACCGAAUAUGUGCCUUGGUCUGUAGCAGCAAACCAGCUUCGCAAAAUGCGAGACAUUUUGAAAUUUACACCUUCCAAUGAUAAAUUCGUUAAGUAUUCAAGAAAUUUAAUAAAAACGAUAUAUGAGCAAGUUGGUUGGGAACAGGAUGAGAAUCAUUUACAAAAUUUACUUCGUAUUAAAAUACUCGAUUUCGCAUGCUAUUUUGGUUAUGAAAAAUGUCUCAAAGAAGCAGAAAAGAAAUUCUUGAGUUGGUUGGAAGGUAAUAAAAUUAAACCAGAUAUAACAAAUAUUGUUUAUAAGUAUGGCAUGAAACAAGCCGGUAAUGAAGAAAAUUGGGAGAAAGUUUGGGAAAAAUAUUUAUCAGAAACGGAUGCUAGUGAAAAAUCUAGAUUAAUGACUAGUUUAGCCGCAAUUGAAGACACAGUGAUUCUUAACAAAUUUAUUGCCUUGGCGUGGGACGAGAAAAAUGUUCGACGUCAAGAUUAUUUUACAUGCUUACAAAUAAUUUCGUCAAAUCCGAUUGGAGAAAGUCUUGUAUGGGAUUAUGUACGAGAAAAUUGGGAAAAUUUUGUGGAUCGUUUUGGUUUAAAUGAACGCUAUUUGGGGAACAUGAUACCAGGAAUAACUUCUCGUUUUGCCACUCAAGUUAAAUUAAAAGAAAUGAAAGCAUUCUUUGAAGAAUAUCCUGAAGCUGGUGCUGGAGCUUCAGCAAGAAAACAAGCUAUCGCAAAUGUAGAAAUCAAUAUAAAAUGGUUAAAAGAAAAUGAGCAAAGCGUUUUUGCAUGGUUAAAUAAAAAAGAUAUUAAGUAGUAAUGUUUAUUAUUGUUGUUUUAUAUGUAU